UCCCCGGGCAGCCUGGGCGGCCGCUGCUGCCGGUAACUGUCUAGCUGCGGCGCUGCUUGCUGUUCGUUUCCCUGGAAGGCAGCGGAGGCGGCGGUUGCUCCAGACACCUGCGGCGGCGACCCCCCUCCUCCCCCGGGCGGCGCGGAGAUGUGGCCCUUGGUGGCGGCGCUGUUGCUGGGCUCCUGCUGCUGCGGUUCAGCUCAACUACUGCUUAGUAAAAUCAAAUCUGUAGAAUAUACUUCGUGCAAUGAGACUGUCGUCAUCCCCUGCAUCAUCCUCAAUGUGGAGGCACAAAGCAUUGAAGAAAUGUAUGUCAAGUGGAAGUUAAACAAAACAUACAUUUUCAUCUAUGUUGGGAGUACAAACAACUCUACUGUAGACACUAACUUUGCCAGUGCAAAAAUCUCAGUCUCAGACUUACUGAAAGGCGAUGCCUCUUUGAAAAUGAAUAAGCAACAUGCCGUCGUGGGCAACUACACGUGUGAAGUUACAGAGUUAUCCAGAGAAGGCAAAACAGUGAUAGAGCUGAAGUACCGUAUGGACGUCAACUGUUGCCAAGGAGCAGACUGUUCUAACCACACUACCCCGGCAGGGGACGUGAAGGAGAAAGGAGGUUGCAAAUUAGCAUCAUGGUUUUCUCCAAAUGAAAAGAUCCUCAUCGUUAUUUUCCCAAUUUUGGCUAUACUCCUGUUCUGGGGAAAGUUUGGUAUUUUAACACUGAAAUAUAAAUCCACUCACACGAGUAAGAGAAUCAUUCUGCUGCUCAUCACCGGGACUGUGCUCACCAUCAUCGUCAUCGUCGGAGCCAUUCUUCUCAUCCCGGGAGAAAACCCUGUAAAGAGUGCUUCUGGACUUGGCCUCAUUGUCAUCUCUAUAGGAAUAUUAAUUCCACUUCAGUACAAUGUGUUUAUGACGGCUUUUGGAAUGACCUCCUUCACCAUCCCCAUACUGAUCACUCAAGUGCUGGGCUAUGUCCUUGCUUUGGUUGGACUGUGUCUCUGCAUCAUGGCUUGUGAACCAGUGCACGCCCCCCUUUUGAUUUCAGGUUUGGGUAUCAUAGCUCUACCAGAAUUACUUGGACUAAUUUAUAUGAAAUUUAUUGCUUCCAACCAGAGGACUAUACAACCUCCUAGGAAAGCUGUAGAGGAACCCCUUAACGCAUUUAAAGAAUCAAAAGGAAUGAUGAAUGAUGAAUAAGUGAGGGGAAGUGAUGGACUGUAACUGGAGCGUCCAAAGUAGAGGAAUACAUGUGUGUUUAAGCAUCAUGACCUUGAUGACUCAUGGCUGGCAAGAAGAAUACAAGCAACAGUAACUGGUUUUCAUCUCUGAAAGAACAUGUCAUUAACCCAUACAUGAUUAUUCCAGUUCAGUUUAUAUUCAAAGCAGCUGUAAUUUACUUAAUAAAAGAAUUAUGAUUGUGUCGUGUAACCAAUUGAAAUCCAUUUUUCUAUUGUUUCUACUCAACUAGGGGCAAACGUAUCAGGGGCAACUUCCAAGAAUGAUGUUUGAGUCUUUGGACACAGGGUUUAAAUCAGUUCUGGAUGAGACUUGCCUAGCAUUAACCUGAUGGCUACUCAGAGAUACCUGUGAAAAACAGUGGUAUCCAGGAAGCCUUAGUAAACUCAGGUUCCCAGCAGCUUUGUCAUUUAUGCUGCUAGCUGAAUAAUAUGACUGCCACUUCUGGGUCAUAGGGAUAGAGACAGAAGUAGAAACAUUAAUUUGGCCAGGCAAAUCCUGUAUGCCCCCUUUGUGUGCUAUAUUGAUGGCACUAGUGUUUUCAUUCUCGGGGGUUGCCUCCAAUUCACACUCCCCCCCCCCUUUGACAUAAAGUGCACCCAGAUUUUUGGAUACUUUUUUUUCUUAUAGAUGUGGUUUUCUUUUUUUUUCUGCACACAACCCUUUGCACCCUGUCCUGUCCUGCUGCUUGCAUUUAUGGUACAAGAUGGAGUACCUUUUCCCCUCUUCAGACAUGGGCCUUCAAGUAGUGUCAGUUGCAGAAAGGAGCCAGACUUAUUCUCAAAGCACUGUGCUCACUCAUACUCUUCAGCAAAAAAAAAAAAAAAAA